AUGAAUCAGCUAGGAGCUUUAGCCCAAGUUUCACGUUUCACCCAAAGAUUUUCCAUGGAAAAUAUCAAGAGUGAGUUUCAAUCCUUGCAGUCUAAACUAGCCACCCUUCGCACCCCGCAAGAAUUUUUCAAUUUCAAAAAAGUCUCCAGACCUCAAAAUUUCGGGGAAGCUCAAUCAAGAGUGGCUUACAAUCUAAAAUACUUCUCGAGUAACUAUGGUUUGAUUAUUGGUUGCUUAAGCAUCUACACCUUAUUGACAAAUUUACUGCUACUCUUCGUUAUCGCUUUGGUCAUAGUUGGUAUUCUUGGUAUAAAUAAACUGAACGGUGAAGACCUGGUGACUCCAUUCGGUUCUUUCAAAAGCAAUCAACUAUACACUGGAUUGAUCUGUGUUGCUGUGCCAAUAGGCUUCUUGGCUUCUCCAAUCUCUACUCUGUUAUGGUUGAUCGGUGCUUCUGCCGUUAGCGUUUUCGGACAUGCUUCAUUGAUGGAGAAGCCAAUUGAAACUGUAUUUGAGGAAGAAACUGUUUGA